UGAAAGUAGUGCGAGCAUCUUGUAAAUAUGGUUUUUCAUGGAUGUCAAGAAACUGAAAGUUUUUAUGGAAUUUUCAGCCAAAAAUGUAGUCUGUAACUGUAAUGUGCGGAUAUGUUGUUCAAUAUUCAACAUAGACUAGGUUCAUUUGAAAACCUUUGUGGAAAUAACUUUAAAUUAUAGAGAAAAUUACUUGAAUAAGUGGCAACCAUGUAAACCGUUUGUGCAAUCUGGGACAGGUUGCACAAUUUGAACCAAAAUAUUUUGAGUCCCAAAUAUCGUUGAAAUUUGAUUUUAAGAACAAAUCUGUUUAUCAUAUAACUGCUUCAAGAUGUCAGAUUCUCAGAGUAUGCGUUUGCCGGAGUUGACGAAGGAGGAUUUUAAGAACAUGGCUAAACAGAGGGAGAAGGCAAAGAGAGAUCAAAAUGCGAAACAAGCCAAAAUCAGCGCAACAUAUGGUGAGCCAGCCAUGCCUGCAAGUGUUAGCUUUCCUGCACCAGUAAAGGUGGCAGGAGAGGAUACAAGUAUAGGUCGGAUUAUGGGUGUACGAUUUGAGGACUUCAACAACAUCAUGAAACAGUGUAGGUAUACGGAUGUUGUGGGCGUGGAAAGACAACCGGCCACACCUCUUCCAGGAAAAAGUGUAGAUAAGAAAUUUUUUAAUUCCAGUUCGGCCAGUAGAAAUUUGAACUACCAUUCAAAUACGAGUAGUUCCUCUUCAAGACCAAAUAAAUCCACUGCUCAUAGUCAAAAUAGUGUUAGUAAUAGUAGUAGAAAUGAUGGGAAAUAUAAUAAACCAUUUCAUGGUGAUGAGAGAUCUAACAGUGUUCCAAGUAGUCAUGGUUCAAAAAUAGAAACCAGUUCUAAUAAAACUACAAGUAGCGAAAGAGCUAGUCUACACAACACCUUGCAAAAACCGGAUCAAAAACCAGAAUCUUCCAAUUCACAUGACCAUUUUAAAUCGGAACGAGGUCAAAGUCAGGACCAUUCUUCGGCUAGGAAAGAGUCGAUGCCGCAAUCAGUAAAACAUCAACCAAUCAGAACUAGAGAACCAGUGCUUCAAUCUAUGAACAAAGAGCUGAUUGGUCAAUCAAAACCAGAAAUUAACCAAUCUGGUGCGAGUAACCAAAUUUUAAGUGCAAGUAACAGAACAGCUGAGAUUAGAGACGGAAGGCAACCAAAUGAUGCUAGAACGGUCUUAAAAGAGAAGGAAGAGAAUAGAAAUGCUGAUGUUGGUAAUGGCGCUAAGUUGAAAAACAGACCAAAACUACAUAUCCCUGAAAAUGUUGAAGAAAUGCUUAAGGAGUUCCAAGUGCCACAACCUUUGACUGGCAUACAGACACCGUUCAAGGAAUCCCAGUUUCCAUUCUCAGACAAAAUACAAGACAGGAAAGACUUGAAUAUCAAUGGGAAGAGUAGCAAAGAUCUGAGGAAAAGUUUGUCAGAAAUGAGUGUGACUCCUAAUGAGGCGGUUAAAACAAACGUACCAGAGGAAAUUCAGGGGCUAGAUUCCUCCAGUAGUAGCAGUGAUAGCAGUAGUAGUGAAGGUGAAGAUGAUGACGAUGAUGAUGACAGUAGUGUAGCUAAUGAUCAUCAUGAUGAGGGCUUUGAUAUAGAUGGAAUAAUGGAGACCGGGGAACACCCAGCAAAUAGCAGUGAGGCAGCAAAACCUACAGUCACUAGCAGCCAGAGUUCCAGUGAGAAAAGAAGACCGAAUAUAGCAGAAAAGGUGCCACCCCUCAGCACGGAGACCGCCGUGCAGAAGACUACGGAAGAGACCGAAAGUCACGGAAUGGGUCAGUCAUGUUCCAGUAGUGAGAGCUCGAGUAGUGGCUCGGAGAGCGACAGUGAUAACAGCUCGGACAGUGAGUCGGAUAAAGAUGUCUCUGAUGACGAGAAUCAUCAUGCCACGCCACAGGGAACUCCCAAUAAUCCAGAUAAUAUGGAAACCUCGCCUUCAUCUGGGUCCAAAAAAUGGAACCUUGGGGCAUUUCUGCAGCAACCCCAGUCUAUUAAUAUGGGAUCGAAGCCCCCAUCCUGUGACGCACCAGCCUCGAAUAAAUCUGAUCAUUUUGAAGAGGACACAGAGAUGAAAAGAGGGGCUGACCACGUAUCGGACGAGAAUCCGCCAUCGGUCGAUCAGGAUCUGUUAUCAAAGCCAAUGUCAGCCGACGAGUUCUCGCCACCUGCUCCGAUAGAAUCUAAACACAUCCUGUCUCCUAUCAAAUCUCCACUUGCCCCGCCCAUAAAGUCUCCAUUACCAGCGAUUAUAUCGCCAAUGCAGUAUACCCCUAAAGCAGCUGAGAAAGGUUUUCCAUCAUCAUUGAGUGCUAACGAGGUGCCCAGUCGCAGUAAAACUGCUGAUCGGGGAAAACAUAAAGACAAUAGUUUGCCUUCUAAAUCGGUCACCGAUGGUCCUGAAACAAAAGGAAGACGGUCUCGGAAAAAGAAGCAAAAUAUAGUGUCGGUCCCUAUUAUAGACACUUCUGAUUCCGAUUCCGAUAUAGACGUUGAGAAAAUGUCUUCUGAUAGUGCUUUAAGUUCACCACAAAAACCUCUUCCACUGAACUCGCAAUUAAGUCAAAAAUAUACGCCAUUAGAUAAGUGUUCAGCAAAUCUUGGUACAGUUAAACGGAAAGAGACUAAAAGAGAUAAAUUACUCAAAGAAAAAGAUUCAGUGAAGUUAAAAAGAGAAAUUGCAAUGGCAAAUGUACCUAGUAAAGACUGUGAUAAUAAGAAAGCAGCUUCGCGGAUGUAUGCACGUAGUUUUACGGAUUCCAUAGACGAUAUGCUAGACACAUUUUCUGGCGAGAAGCCAUUGUCACCUAUUCGGAGUGUUACUAAUAUAAAUAAGAUUAACCCUACGGAACAGGACUUAAUACGGGCCGGUCUCAACGUGUCUACAAAAACCCCAAAUUCCCUUACUGGAAAUAUAUCCUGUGCAAGAGAAAAACCGCCAGUGUUAGUAAAAAUAGAUCUAAAUUUGUUAGACAAAGUCCUAUGUGUAGAUAGGCAUAGCCCAUAUUUCCUGAAGCCUAAGGAGCAUUUAAGUGGUAAGCACCGUAAAAAUCUGACAAGUGCCAAAUACUCUUCAAGUGAUAUCAGAUCCAAGAAAGUGCACAAUGACACUGUUAAGGAUAAACUAUCUAAGUCGACUGCCUCAAAAAUAAGUGCAAAUAGUGUACCUGAUAUUGAUUUAAGUGAUAAAAAGUAUGUGCCAGAAAAAGAAAGGAUAUCAAAUGUGAAUUUGACUAGUAAAAAGGAUAUACCUAAAAGCCAUGUUCCGAGUUUUGAGUCUCUACCGGUCCGAGAACCGGUAAAAAGUGAAUCUUUAUCUGAUGAUUUAAGUGAUUCGGAUAGUGACGGAAGUGCUAGUGAGAUAGAAGACUCUAAGCACGUGGAGUCCGUGCACGAUUCAUUAUCUACAUCAAAUCAUUCGUCUUUCAGUCAAUCUCCGCACGAGAAAAAGAAACGCAAACUAAAUACCACAAGAGAUGAUGACACGAAGAGACGGAAAACCUUGUCUAAGUCACCUGCAAAUUUGCCAGCAUCCGAGAUAGUAAAAGAAUCGCAACCAGUAGAAAUCAGCGUGCCGAUAAAACGUGAGCGACUCGGCAGUGCAUCUAGUCAGCACAGUACACACAGCAAUGUUAGUCAACGUAGUUCUCAUAGCCAGAAGGGUUCACAAGGUCAUCGCAGUCAGAAACGGGCUCGGACUCACGACGAUAUUGGUCCGGGUCACGGUGGUCUGCGGCCAUCAUCGGGUGCUAUAAACAGGCCUCAUGACAGGUCCAAAUCAACAGCUGUCGUGACCCCAGUUGUUAAGUAUGAAACAUUAGAUACGCCCUCUCACUCUCAGAAUGGUUUUGUUGUACAUAAUCCACCAUUUUACAGAAGUAUGUUGUCUGAUAAAGAAGAAGAAGAAAGAUUACUACCUGCAGAAGAUUAUAACAGGAAGGCAAAAAAGUACAAAUACCAGGCUGAUGAUAUGGAUCCUGGUCUAACAAAGUUUGUGCUGUACCUCGAGUCGGUUCUUUGUUUCAUCCAGUAUGGCUACGUUCAGGAGAGAGAUCACAAAAUUACCGAGGCAUCUAACAUGUACAAAGAAACGUAUAGAUUUGUCUCGCAUCAAUUUCAUCAGUUUAGAAUGUACCAUGACUUGGAGACAUCCGACAAAACCCACAAACUCACAGUAUUAUGUUUACGUAUUCAGUCACUGGUCUAUUUGAAGUUAUAUAUGCUGAAGAAGAAUGAAACAGUGAAGUUGAAACGUAUAUUAGAGGAUCAUAAUAAUAAGAGUGUAAAGUCUAGUUCUCAACCGAAAGCACCGUCCGCCCCAUCUCCUCACCAGUCUAGCUGGAAUCGGUCAACCGGAACCCCGUCACCUAUGUCACCAACACCAUCUCCUGCCAAUAGUGUCUGCUCAGUUGGAUCAGUGGGCAGUGACGCAACCCCUUCUAAGAUAUCUAACGGUAGCAGUGGUCAGGGUCAGAUAGCUCCGCCAGGCUCGGUUAUUGUUCCCCAGCGGAUACAUUCCAUCACACAGAAGUAUUUCUCCAACACGUGCUAUCUUAUACAGGCACAUGAACUGUGGGAUCAGGCCACGUCUAAUAUAAUAAGUGAUAACAGAGAAUUCUUUGCUCAACUUGAUCUGGAUUGUGGACCAUUGACGUUACAUAGCAGUCUACUGCAUCUUGUUCGCUACGUUAAACAAGCCAUAAGUCAGUUGAACUUGUAGUAGUCGCUAAAUUUAUUCCAGUCCACACACAAUUGUCAAGACAGCAUUCUCUACUUGGUGUAUUUAAUAACGCGUAUUUAAUCACAUACGACAAAAGCAAAAAGGAUCAUGACCAUGGGACGGCAAGUUAUGUGAAUUAUGUAUCUGAAUCAAGUUGUUCGAUGAAGAAAUCUGUUGUGAAAGUUUCUGGCCCCAUUGACAUACAAUCUUGGAGGACCCAUUCACUGUGAAUAUUGGUCGUAGACCUUGGUGUUGAAAUUUUUUGAAGCAGUCUACUGUGCUGUAAUUCAGUUAAGUCAGUGAUGAACCAGUCUUGAAGAAUUUUGUAUAAACCAUCAGAUAGGCAGCGAUGAGCAAGUCUUGAACAUUUUGUCUACACAAUCGGGUAAUUAGGACUUAAAAAGAUUUAGGACCUGAAGAUUUAGGACUUGAAAAUCAGUCUUUCAUAAAGUGUUCAGAGUUACAAAAUGGAACUAUGUUAGCUUCUUUAUUUUUCUUUUCUUCCUUUCCUUGUUUUUUUCUUUUGAAAAAUUGUAAACCAGUCAAGCUGAUUAUUUACCAUAUUUACCACAAACAUGUUUGGUUUUCAGCUGAAUUAAUAGUGCUAGCUCGCUGCAACUUUUUAUAUAUUCUUUUUACCUUUUCAAUGAACAUUGUAUUAAAUCAUAUGAGCUUUUCUCUGACUAAGAUAUUAAUUACUUUAUGGUCAUUUAAAUGAUGAAUUCUGAAAUUUAUAACAUUUGUUGAUAAAACGCAUAAUAAUUAAAGCCAAGGAAUAUUGAGUGUAUAAGAAAAAAAUCUUUUUAUCCUUUUGUAAGAGAAUUUUGUAAUUUCUGAAAUUAACUUUAAGAAUGAAUAUAUUUACGGAGUUUUUUAAAAUAUUUUUUCAUUUAUUUUGAUAUGGAUCUAAAAAGUUUCAAUUGAGUCACUUGUUAGAUAAAUGCUGCACUAUUAUAUUGUUUAAAGAAAAUGAUACAUUAUUAUUGGCUAAUUUUUGAAAGCUGUUUUUGAUCUGACCAAUGAAAUGCUCGAAUUUUAGGCUGGUUGCAGAUUUACUGUUUUAAAAAUUUCAAUUAAAGCUUUACUUUGCUGAAUUCUUCAAUGGAACUUUCCAUUAUUAAUUCUAGAAAUAUCAAGAUGAAAAUUAAAAGUUGGUCGGUCAAUAGUAUAGAGACUGGUCAGUUUGCAUAGAUGUGCAGGCGGGCCUGGCUUUAUUAUUGGUGGCAAGGGCUGAUCAUUUUUCAGUUCCAACAGGGUAAAAGAUUAAACUUUCAUAGAUAAAAAUACAAUAUUUUCAUCAUAAUAUAUAUAUAUAUAUAUAUAUUUAUUUAAUAUAUUUGCAUGUAAUGUGCUCGCCAAAAGUCGGAGAAAGUCAAAAUCUCGUUUUAGAAAUUCAUGAUUUUUAAUGCAGUUUUGCACGUUUUCAAAUUGAUAGGCUUGAGAGGGAUAGAGGAUUAUAAUUCAGUUAUAAGCGUAGGCUGUGAUCAGAACGUGCAGAUAUUUUGAUGGGCCUUAGAUAUAGACCAUUUUAGUACUGGUACGGGUUUGAAAUAUUGGAAUUAAAUUUUUUGCAUCCGUUAUUAACAAUGUACAUGUAUGCGUGUAAUAUAAGAUAAAUACAGAGCUUGCCAGUGAUAUGUUUUUCAAAAUAUUAAAAAUCAAAAUAUACAAAGUAUGAUAACAAUCGUUUUUAAAUUCAGGUUGAAGACAAAUAAAAUCAGGGUGUUUGGCUUUUAAAUCUGGGUGGAUUUAUUUUUUUUGGUGUGUACAUUUAAAAAAAAUAGAUAAAGUUUAUAUAAAUGAAU